GAUCUACAUCCAAAAUGUCCUCCUUUAAAAUUUUGUAAGAAAUGACCGGAUCUUGAUUUAUUUAAUAUUUACUUACUUCCCUUGCGAUCAGGAUGUUUCUAAGGUUCAGGAUAAAACAUUAACAUCUGUAGCACCUAACCAGCAAAAAAACUCGACCAUCGAGUUUGGAAUCUUCAUGUUUAAAGGCGAAGAACAAGGUCCCAUGACCCCCAGAAAUGGCGUCUACAUCGUUCAAGGCGAGAUGUCUCUCGUCGUGGCAGCUUUACGAAGAAACACUCGAGGAGGUUCCCAUAGCCAUCAGGUAAAACCAACGAACUAUAAAAUAAUACUCUAGGAACAAAUUUACCAAUUGAAGGCAAACAUUGCUGUGUAUUAAAAUUUCUGACAAUAUCGUGGCAUGGAGCGAGCUGAAUCGGGCUUAGGUGGACGACCGGUGUAAUAAAUUUUUGCUUGUCGAUGAGAAUGUGUUCCGUAUUUUUUAUGGAGUCCAAGCCUUUACAAAAAGCUAAUAUUUAAGCAUUUUAUUUUAAUUUGCAUUUUCGGAUCUUCCGCAUUUGACCGGUGCUGUGUGCAUGGGAUAAUUUAAUAGUUAGAACUGACGUUAUUGAUAUUGUGUAUUAAAAUUAAAUUGAUCUUAGAAGAGCAUAAUGAUCUUCAAGCACCGUCAUGGAACUGUAAGUGUGAAACCAUGAGGAUUGUACAUAACUUGUUAUCCUCAAAACUCAGUAAACUUUAAUAAUCAAAAAUGGGUAAUUGUAGCAGUACAUGUUAGGAUAUUAGCUAAUUUUGAUUGCUUUCUGCUGAAGUGACAUGGCAUCCAGGUUGGUAGUCAUUCACAUUACAUAAUUUAUUGCUUUUCAUUUAUGUGACAAUGCAGCCAUAUUGGUAGUCAAUCCAUCAUAAAAAAAAUAGAGCUUUCUUUGUAGCAGAGAAAUAUUAUAGUUCUUGACUGCUAACAUUAGCACUUGUGACAUCAUAUGCAUACCAGCAUAAUAGAGUUUGUAGGUAAAAUUUGUUCUCAGGUUAAACCAGAAUUUCUCUUUAUCUGCUAUGAAUAACAUGGAAAAUUUUGAAUAAAACUAGGUUAAUACCAGUGUAACCUGAGAUGAUCUCCAGUCUUCUUGUCCUGCACUCUAGCAUCUUCUUUUGAGGGGUUUCUUUCACUUCAGUUUUGUUGAGAGUUGUAGAUACUUCAGGCCCUGGUUGUUGGAACGUUGGAUAAGUGUUUGGGAAACCAAUUAUUGCUUUAUCCACUGGAUAGAGAUUUAUCCAUCGAAUAGCACUAUCCACCUUUUGAACAGUCAACUCGGGCCAGGAGGAAAACUUCAACACCACAGAAGAAAACACAAAAAAGUAUAGUCCACAACAACAGCAUGUUGGUUGCUUAUCACUUUAUCAGGUUAAUCUGUUGUUUCUUUAAUUUGCAUUUAGGAUGAAGAACAAGAUCCCUUGUUGCAUGGGUUUUCUCAGCUCAAAGACCAACUUGUCACUGUUUCUGGUGAGUUAUCUUAGGUAAAAUCCAUCCUCCUUGAGUAAUUUUAAUUUUCAGUGGACAAAAACCUUGUACCAGAAUAAUUUAAAGCAUAUUGCAUUCUUUUGUACAUUUUUCAAGGGCUAUAGAUGUAAUUAGUUAUGUGUAAUAACACCAGAGAAAAUUUCUUAUCAAGCGCGAGAAAAUAAAUAUCAAACUUCACAAAAUGACGUCUUGCACACGAAAUUUUUAGAACUUUUCCUGUUUUUUCACAAUUCUUGUGAAAUUUGACAUUAAAUUUUAUUUUCUCGGGCUCCCAUAAGAAAAUUUCUUUGGUGUCAUUACACAUAACUAAUUACAUCUAUAGCACUUGAAAAAUGUAUUUAAAAGAAUGCAAUAAGGUGUAAAUUAUUCUGGUACAAGGUUUUUGUUCUCUGAAAAUUAAAAUUACUUAAUUUCCUGAUGGAUUCCAUCUUAUGAGCUAAGAACAGAUUUUACCAGAACAUGUACCUAAGUGUAUUAUAAGGCAGAUCAAAUGACAACACACAAUGCUGCUCUCGCAGUGCCUGGUCGCCCCUGGACCCAGCUUUUGCUCCCUUCAAUUUUUCUUAGAGCACAGCCUUUCAACAUCAAUAGAUUUAUAAUUUUUUUUGUAAGUGUUAUUGAAGAAACAGAUGGUAAUGCUCUAAUAAGUUUUUAAAGAGUAACCUGUCAUUUAAAUUUGUGGCUUCUUAUAUUGGUAAAUCUCCAACAGUUUCUAAUUAUGAAGAAGUCCUGUAAUAUACUAAAUUGAACCCAGCAGUUAUUUGUGUGCACUGCACAAAUGUAGGCUGGUGGAAUAUCACUGUGUGGGUGAGUGUAGUCCUGAAUUACUGUUGUUAACAGCAACUGAUCCUUCAACAGCUUGUCUAGUCAUCUUCAGAGUCAGUUUUUGAUUUGUGUAUCAUCAGUUUGUGGUACUAAAAUCUGAUUUUGACCUCAGCUGACUGAUCAAAUUAAGUAGUGAUGCUAUUGGUUGUCAUUAUUACAAAUUGUAAGACAUAACGUCUUAAGAUUGUUUCUCAUGUAAAGUGAGUCAUGAAAAAAUGUUCAACAGUCUGUUAAAAUAAGAGAGAUUUUACAAAAUAAAUCUAAGGAGCCUAUUUUGGAACUCCCCCUUUCUCAAAUAUCAACCGAGCCCACCCAUACAGAAAUCAACCUACAGCUGUAGUCCCAAAAUCAUAAAGUGGGUACCUUGUGGAUCAGGACGUUAUUAUCAGCCUUAUGUGAAGAACAGACUUUUAACAGUCACAUCCAUGACUGUUAAGACAAAAAUAAUCUUUGUCAUGAAUAUGUGCAAUAAUGCUGCCACUAAAAGAACCAUAAAUUUUUCUACAAUUCAGCCAAUAUUUAUUUCAAUAUUUCUCACAAUUAAACGUUGUGUACAUAAUUUACAAGCAGGGUUUAAUUAAGAUAGCGAAAACACACACAACACACAACAUAACUACACUGUCACACUAGUACAAAGACAGUCCUUAUAUGAUAGAGAUUGUUUUGGAUUUUUGGAGAAGUUUGGGCUAAAUCCCAACUUAAAGCACAGAAAUUAAAAACUUCAAAAGUUAUUUUAUCCUCGAGAUGUAGAGACAUGUACUGGAGACUGGAGCACUAUCUGGGAGUAUUAUUCAAAUAACCAAAUUAAGUGGAGAAUUUAUUUUUUGAUUAUCGAGUUUUGAUAUUCAGAGUUUCUAGUCUUAAUAUUUUUAUUCUUUUUUUUCCUUUUUUAUCCCAUUGCUUUUUGCAUCCACAUGUAUGCAGGUGGUACAGUGGUACUUAGCUUUUGUUUUGCAAUAAACUUUGAUCUCUUGAUUUAAAUAUUAAAUAAUUUAUGACUUGCUUCUUGUCACUUUGGAAUAACAUGCAAUUAUGUCCUUUCAACCAGAGGGAUUAGACUUUUAAAAAUGUUAGAUUUUGCAUGUUUAACAACCGCAAAGCUCCAAGUUCGUCCAAGUAUGUACACUGUAUUGUCUCUCAUGAUUACAUUAUUUUAUUAUUUGGUUGAGGAGAAAUUUUCCUCCAUAUAUAGCUUAUUUACUUUACAGUACUUAAACUGUUUUUUGGUUGCUGGUAAUUAAAUUGAUUUUGCUUUUUCUGUUGCCACAUUCAAGAAAGAAUGGAAUGCUAAAAUAACUCAUAUGAAACACCGUAGUUGAAGAAAAUGAACAAAUAGUUUUUAUAAAUCUGGCAUUGCAUACAGUGUAUUAUAUUAGGUCUUGUGUAGUUCUGAUAAUGUCAUUACUAGAGUAGAAGACGAGACUCACACUGUUUUUCAGACAUUUAUUUUCUGUAAAAUUUCGCCACCUGCUUGUGUAUUUCUGCUUGUUCUUUUUUACCAUGGAUAAUUUUUGUUUCUUCCAGUUAAAUGAAAAUUUACUCUCUCAUGGGGAAGUUUGUUUGCUGAUUUAAUAGUAGUAGUUCUAGAACACUGUAAACACAAGCCCUGUUUUGUAUGGUUGUAAAAAUAAUUUUUGUACUGUGAUUCUCUCUUAAGCCAAGACAUCAUAAUCAACAACACCUGCUGUCUGUAACAUGGCUGAUAUAACUUUUACACCUUUUCUCCCGGGCUGUACAUUUAUCACUACAGCUUUAUCUAGAAAAACUGUCUUCAUAUGCAUCAAACUAUUGAAAAUUAGUUUGUUUUAAAAACAGUGUAUACUUUGGACUUGAUUAUGAAGUGCUUUUGCUAGGAACAAACCAACGUGGUCUCCAAACCUGUCCUGUCGUUGCUUUCACAGAAAUACGUGUAGGAGAUACUGUACACGGGGAAUGUUUCAUUUAUAUGUAGAUUUCAGCUUUAAGAAGAAUCUCUCUUUUAAUUUCUUUGGCAACAGUUUGAGGCCAAAACACGCCCAGCACUUCCAAAACUGAAAAAAUAGCUGCAUGCUUCAUGAUUGUAACGAUAAAAAAGGCUACUCUUGCUAACUAAACUUUCCUUGCUGUGGUGUGAAACUGACUCCUAUUUUAUUCUGUUGGCAGAUUUAAGUGAAAUAGAUGUUAAUACAUUCUUGGGGCCGUUUCUUGAUGUGAUCAGAUCAGAGGAUACCACAGGACCCAUCACAGGGGUGGCACUGUCAUCUGUCAACAAGUUUCUAUCUUAUGGCCUUAUUGGUAUGUGUAGUACUAAACCGUGUGUUAGUACUAGAUCUGGUAGGGGAGGGUGAGGGGGAGGGGAGGGUGAGGGGGAGGGGGUGGAAGGGAUUGAGAGGAUUUCUUGUGGCAUGCAUUAUCAAUUCUGUGGAAAUCUACUCCAGGGUUCUAUUUCACUGAACAAUAUAACAUACAUGUAUUAUUACAGUGACCUGCUAGAAAUCCGCAUAAUGUUCCAAUUUUGUUUUGCAUUCAACUUGUUUAGUAGUACAUGUACGUAACAUAAUACCAAUUUUCAUGUUAUUGUGUCCUGUUAAUUUUCUUAACAGAUCCAACCUGUGAAAGUGCUGCUUCUGGCAUUGAGAAUCUUGCAGAUGCAGUUACACAUGCCAGAUUUGUUGGAACGGACCCAAGUAGUGAUGAAGUAGUGCUUAUGAAAAUUCUUCAGGUACGUUAUCAUAUGUUGAACAAAAACUGUAUCUUAAGACUUCAAGACACUAUCAACAUUUAAAUACCCUUUAGUUUUAUAUGUCUUGAAUCUUCCGAAAUGGGGCCACAAAAAAUGCAAAUGUAGUUCUUGGUUUACUGAAGAGAUGUUUCUUUCAUCAUUGUACUGAAUGUGGUAGCAUACAGGAUACAUGCUGCAUUAGCCUGUGUUGCAGAUUUAAUUUAACCCUGACUUGUAAUGUCUGCAAAGUAGUGCAUACAGUGUAGAUCCUUGUUCUGUUUCGCAAUGGACUCAAUGGAAUUUUUGAAAUGUGUUUGGAAUUUCCCUCAAAAUGAUCGGCAAAUAUACAAUGGCAUUUUUAACAGACCAAUCAUGGCACACACUCUAAUCCUGGUACACAGCAGAGGGCCCAUAACAAGGAUCUAGGCACCAGCUCACAGACGGACUGUGGCAAUGACUCAUGUCACGAUACAGUGUAUUAGCUUACAUAAGUAUCAUAUGCUCAAACUACUGUAUAAUUACAGUAUUAAAAGCUUCUAAUUUACUUGUCUGUAUGUUCAAUAGGUUCUCCGUACUCUAUUGUUGACACCUGUAGGCGCCCACAUGACAAAUGAGUCUGUUUGUGAAAUCAUGCAGUCGUGUUUUAGGAUUUGUUUUGAAACAAGACUUAGUGGUAUGUAAAGGUUCAUCAGCCAUAUUCUUGAAAAGUAAAUCGGUAUACUAAGACUAGUGAGUUAAAAUUAAAUAAUAAUCAACGUUGGUAAAUUCUUUUCUUCAAAGAAACAGUUUUAGAGGUUUGGCUUCUACAAUGUAUUUAAGUUAAUUAUAACAUUUUGUUGUUCUGUAGAACUUCUUCGCCGUUCUGCUGAACAAACCCUGAUGGAUAUGGUGCAGCUUUUAUUUUCAAGGUAUAUAUCCCUUGCCAUGCAAAUUGAUUGUCAUGUAUAUUAUUAGUUUCGCUUGCGUAAGCAGCGAGACUCUAAUCUGCAAGCCGUUUUUUUCCUUCAUAUUUACUACAUAAAAAGGCGGUUGUGGUCCCAGGCAUGGAAUCUGGGAAUAAGAAUCAUUGCAUGACUGGAGCCUUGCAUGUUUUGCGAAGAAAGCUUUGGAAAGAUUAAAUUUAGAGCUUUUCCUCAACAAGUCGGUCCACAAAUUCUAUCACAUGAAAGCAUUGAUUACUUUAGAACAAGUGAACACUACAGUGGUAAACAAAAAGAGGAAUCUUAAUUAGCAAAACUGCGAUGGUCGGGUGUUGUAAACUUUCAUUGUAUGUAAAUGGGUCUUGUGAUGAGCAUGCAAUGAUUGAAAUGAUGUGCCAUGUAAAUCACUUUUUUGAUCUCUUGCAAUGAUGUAAUUUUUCUGGAAUCAAGGCCCUUAAAUUUUCAUGUAUUCAUACAUUCGUAUAGCCUGCGAUUGCAGGGGUAUGUUCGGUCAUUGCUAACACGAGCACUAAAUCAAUUCUUUAGCGAGUAAAUCCUGUACCGUGUAGAAUUAAUCCCCUCUUCGUUUCUCGAUUUAAUCUCCAUGCAAGCGAGACUUAAUGCUGCUGUAAGAGCAUUCUUGUUCAUUUUUUAAAUGCCUAGCAGAUCAUUGCAGUUAAAGAUGCAACACCUGAAAAUUAAUUCAAAAAAAUCAUUUGAAGAUACAUGUACUGGCACUUUCAGAUUACUUUUGCAAGCACUGAAGUAAACUAAAAAAUAAAGAAAUCAGGUUAGAGGAGGCAAUGGUAAAACAUCAAAAUAAAGGGUCUGCACUCUACCAUAAUGAAACCCCUGCAUUUAUAUAUAUAGAUAUAUAGAACAAGUGCUUAUUUUUGUCAGAAUUUAAUCAUAAAGACUGUCGAAGAAUCAUUAGGUCGUGGCCCUACUUUCUCGAAAAAGGUGAAUGCCCAAUAAAAUUCCUUGCAAGAGCUUUUGUCAUUCUUUUUGAACAGAUCACAGCAGUAUCAAAAUGUAACUUGUGAGUCUGUUAAUGUGCCUGUUUGGUUUCAGACUCCCUCAGUUCAAAGAAGAGUUAAAAUCAGGAGUAGUUACCAACAUAAGAAAGGUAGGUUUAAAGUUGCUUCAAUUACCAUGGCUUAUAAUUAUUGUACAAGUUACAGUAGAUCUAUUUUACUGUACCUGUCUCAAUACAUAAUUCACUAGAUGAUGGUCACAAAAUAGUGGAAAAAACACUACACUUAAUUUUUCUACUGUGGUCUCUCCUCUUCCUCACAUUUUUCUCCCAGUUGUCACACCUUGCUCAGAUUUUUUUCAUAUCUCAAGUAGGGUUUUUGAGUGUGAAUGGUUCAAUGGGAAGUCUACUUUCUACUGUUAUUUAUAUUAGAAAAUUAUUACAAUGGAUAAAUCACAGUGGUUAAUAUGAGAGAUUAGCUUUACACAAAAAAUGGAAUUGAGUGGAAAAUAAAGUUUGAGUGUCACUUUGUCUCCUUGGUUGUUACUGAAAAGUAUACAGCCUUUCCAUUCCAAAUUAUUAUAAUUAUUUGUUUUAGAAGGAAUUUAUUUCAUUGUAGGUAUUCAAACGUGCUGGAGCUAUUUCAAGUGGAAAGAGGAAAAAACACUUUUCACCUAAACCAAGGAGAGCCCAUCAAGAGGAGGUUUCUGUUACCUCGGCAACAACAUCAGGUCCAACAACUACACCAGCCCCACCACCAGCCUUAGAGCGACAACCAGAGAUCAGCAAGAUCGAAGAGGAACUCAAAGAGGUGGUAGACGAAGAAGUAAAUACAGAAACUAAAGAACACGAAGACAUGGUUAAUGAGGAGGAAACUGAAAAACCUGAGGUGGUACCAGAGGGGGCCGUUCCUGGUGGGGACACAGAGAAGCCUAUUGAAGAAUGUACUAAUGCCACAGAGCCCCUACCUGAGGGAGAGCCAUCAGUAGCCUCUCAACUGAUGAGCAGUCAGGUUGAGGGAGAUACUUUGAGUGUUGAGGGACUGGUUAUGUCUGAAAAUGAACAGGAAGGAAGAUGUGACAAGGUUAUUGAACAGGAGGUAUGAGUUAAGCAAAUCCUUAUUUUUGUUAUCACUGAAUCAUAGCUGCAGGUAUAGGGACAGGGUAUAAAAUGUGCUCAAAUUCUUUAUAGCCUGCAAUCAGCCCUUUGCUGUAGCUCUUUUGUGUGUCUUAACUUCCCACAGAUAAACUAUUUGUGUACAGUACAGUGGUACCGUAUUUAUUAGACUAUAAACCGAGCAAUUUUUGCACCAAUUAAUUAAACUGGAAACUAGGGUAAUUUCUACAAGAUAGGGGGUUUGGCUUGUAGCUGAAUAUUUUUGCAAAAAAAAAAAUUUUUCUAAUGCUGCAAAAGCUUCAGUUGAAUGUUUAUAUUCGGCUAUAAGCCGAGCAAUUAUCAACAACACAAAUUACCAGUAGUUUGCGUACGAAAAUCAUUGCUGUUGGUCAUAAACUUUUAUUGAAGUGGUGGCUCCUAAAGGAGCCAUUUUGUUUUGUUCACUUCACGAAUGAAGUUUUCAUUCAUCAUCUUCUUCGCUCUCGGUUUCAAACUCGUCCUCCAUCGCCAUUUACAACUGUAGCAUUUCUUCAAACUUCUCAGGAUGGCCAAGAAAGUGUUGCUAGCACCCUUAUGACAGAAGAGGAUAACGAUGACAGGAAAGAAAUAAUGGGUAGCACUGCGUCAUUAGAAACGGUGGAAUCAGAGGACUUGUCAGAAGUUACUGAAGGUACCCAGUCAGAGUCCAGUCUGCAACAAGAUGACUAUGUGAACCCCCGUGGGGUGCGUUUCACACCCCAAGAACCUGUUAAAGAAGGUACAGAGUAAACAUUUUAACACUUUCUUUUAGAAAUUACAUGCACAUGUAUCUUCAGGAUAUCUGGUAGUUCUUAUUUUUUUGUUCAUGGAUUUUUAGUUGGCCCAUCCUAGAUCAUGUAUCUUCAGGAUAUCUGGUAGUCCUUAUUUUUUUGUUCACGCAUUUUUAGUUGGCCCUGGAUCUUCGAUCAUGUAACAGUUCUUUUGGAGCAUUGUUUGUAUUGCACUUGUUACAGGUGUAUUUCUGACAAUUGAAAACAAAGGAUUGGAUCUCCUGAGAAUUGCUAUGUAUUCUUUGUUUCAGCAAUAAAACAUGCAAGCAAAUAAGAUGUGCUACAUGUACACUGUGAGCUUUGCUGUUUAGGCUAUCAGAGAUGUACAUGACUUGUACAAGUGUAAAAAAAAUUUAAAAGAUUAAAGGCGAGAUUAAUUGCUGCUGACUAAUCUCUGUUUUUCUUCUUUAAUGGUAGGUGCUGGUCCUCUGGUCCCUUACGGACUACCUUGCAUCAGGGAGCUGUUCAGAUUUCUUAUUUCACUCAUAAACCCUCAUGACAGGUAGGUUUGUAGCUUAUUGCUAUACUCUCUCUGAGAGGUUUUUGGACCCUCGCUUGUGUAUCAUUCUUCUGCUUGGAGAAGCAGUUGGUAGCCUGGUCAAAAGGAUUUUCUCUCUUACCUCUUCCUCCUGCUCCACGAAGAAACCCCAGUCAGUCUUAAAUGACAGAAUAAUCCUUGAUGCAGUGAUGUGAUGAUAAAGUACCGUUCUCUGUUUGUUGGAUCAGACACCUAGUUUAGAUUAGAUCCUAAAUUAGCUCCCCACAUACUCUUAUUUACUUUUUGUUUUGGACUGGAAUCUUCUAGAAUAGUUAUAUUCUUUGUUUAGUUUUCAACGUUGUUUCGUCAACUGCUCUUUGGUUAUUUUUCCUGUACAGAAUAUCUCCUUUAUGACAAUAAGUGUACCGCUAUUACAAAACUACACCUAAAAUGUCAGUUGCAUAUAACACAUCUAGGGGGGCACCCAAUGACAGUUUCCUCCAAAACACAUUGAAAUGUCUUUCUAUGCUAUAAGAGUACUUUUAGGUCUCUAGAAAUACAUUCUAAAGCGGGGCUAUAGAAAUUUGUAUCUGUUCGGUCAUCCUAGGGCAACUUGAGUCUUUUUGAAAUUAAAAGGGCGCCAGUGUUACUUUCUGGGAAAUUUUAGAUGCAAGUUAAAGUUUACGAAUCCGCAAAAUUUUAGGUUUGCUUUUUCUAUGAAAUUGGCCUAACCUGGGGAAUCAAAUCCGAAAAAUUAAACUUUAGAAAAUCAUAGGGAAUAUUUAUUAGAUAAGCUUUGAAAAUUUUACAUGAAUGGAACUGUCAUCUAGAAAUAUUAUUUUAGCCUUCCUCAAGCUAUAGAAAAUUCUAGCCAGUUUUUUGCUUCUCCGAACUGAUAUUUUACAGAAAACUGUCAUUGGGUGCCCCUGAUCUAGCCCAUCACAUUGAAUUUCAAGGACUGAAAUUAUUUCUUAGUAAAAGAUUGUAUGUUUAUUGUUUGCGGACUGGAUAAGAAGUCGCCUUAACAGAAGUUACACUAUGGUUUCAGGCAUAAUUCAGAAGCCAUGAUCCACAUGGGCCUGUCUCUGUUAACUGUAGCUCUGGAAUCUGGUUCACAUCACAUUGGAACGUUUCCAUCACUUAUGAACUAUGUGAAGGAUGACAUGUGCAAGAAUCUUUUUUGGGUAGGUAUUCUGUGAAAAUUGAAAAUUGAUUGAAGCUAACAUUGGUCUUGAUAAAGGAAAAGGAAGUAACAUUAUAAAACAACAACAACAAAAAAAUCAUGAACUCAUUCAUUUGUAUACAUUGAUCCAAGUCCUGGGUGUUUCUUGGUGGUGCGGAAACCAUUGUUGGUUAGGUGUUGCAUUGUGGUGUGGCAGUAUUCUUCAGUGUCUUUUUUGGUAUGGCGGGGUUCCACUGAAUUAUGUCGUUGUUGAUUGCACCUGUGUAAACACCAAGAAACUAUUAUCCUACAAGCAGACUCACUUGUGCCAUUUGUGCUAGUUUGAGGAAAAAUUUCAGCAGCAGAGCUGGCAUGGCACGAGUAAAAGUCACUUUUCCUUGCGCGCUGGCAGAUCUGCCACCAAACUUUUCCCCAAACUCACAAAAGUGACCCACCAUGGUGCGAGGAAAAGUCACUUUUCCUUGCAUGCUGGCAGAUCUACGGCCGAAAUUUUUCCCAAACUCACAAAAGUGACCCACCAUGGUGCGAGGAAAAGUCACUUUUCCUUGCAUGCUGGCAGAUCUACGGCCAAAAUUUUUCCCAAACUCGCAAAAGUGAGCCUGCUUGCAGGCUAACAAACUGAUUGAGCCCUUAAUACAAAACAAAGCCAUGACUUAUUGCUUAUUGAACUGGGUAGAUAUUCUAUUCAUGCUGAUUAAGGAAGGAUAUACAGAACAAUUCCAUGUGAAGGAGUGUUUUUAAAUUCGAUGUAAUCAUCGUCCAUAAUAAUGAAAUACACUAAUGAUUAUUGUAUUUCAUUGUUAUGGAUAAUGAUUACAUCACAUUUAGAAACACUCCUUUACAUGGGAUUCUUCUACAUAUCCUUCCUUAAUUAGUAUUGUCUGAAUUUUUGUCUGCAGCUCAUUCAAUGCGAUCUCCUUGGCUUGUUCACUAUGGCCCUCAGAGUCUGCUUCCUGCUUUUUGAAGGUCUGCGUGUUCAUCUCAAGUUUCAAAUGGAGGUUGGUAGCACGUUUGGUUACUCUUGAUGCGUUUUUAGAGUGGUUUUCGUUUGAGUGUCGUAAAACCAAAACCAAAGUAAUUACUCUGGCCAAUCACAUAGGACACAGACAAUACAUUGAACCAAUCAAAACUCGAAGUAAUUACAUGUGGCUGACGCAAAGAGCGCGUCACAAUUGGCUUUGGUUUUACUUCUGAUUGGAUGAAAAGGUGGCGCCAAUCUUUUAAGCCAAUCGCAUCGUGUAGAAAGUGCAAAACCAAUUACUUUUCGACACUCAAAUGAAAACCGCUCUAAUGAGUUAAGGGGUCAACGUUAAUUUGGUUGCAGAUGAGAUGAUAAUUGGAAAUACUUUAAUUACUGAGAUGAAGGUGAACAUGUUUGCUAAUCUGACACCUCAAACCUGGUGCAGAACUCCUCAACAGUUUAACAUAUUUUUUUUUUCAUUUGUAGAUGUUCUUUAAGAAGCUAAUGGACAUCCUGGCAUUAGAUCUACAAAGUGUUCAUUACGAGAAAAGAGAGCUAAUUUUGGAUGCAAUUAACCAGGUAACAGUCCAUGUGGAUUAUCUUGUCAAGAAAAUUUUGUGCCAAGUCAGCAGUAAAGUAAAACAAAAUCCAGUUUGUUUCCAAAUGCUGACUUUUUUUUAUCAGGUGUGUACCAUCUUCUAGCUUAUCUAUUUUUUUUUUUUCUUUACAGUUAUUCCGUGUUCCUAAUCUAGUAAUGGAGCUUUACCUCAACUAUGAUUGUGAUAUUUACAGCACCAAUGUCUUUGAGGAACUCUGCAAACUACUUUCUAAGGUAAUACACAUGUAGAUCGAUUUCAUCUUUCUUUCAGAAAAUAUUAUUGUUAGGUUUUCUCUCCACCAGGCCCGAGUGUCCAGAGUUACAUUCAAUGGAAAAUUUGGCAUAUUUUUAGAGAAUUUACAACAGAAUUUGUUCUUUAUUUGGCGUCAUUCACUCGCAUAGAGUUGACGGUGUUUUUUUUUUUUCAAAACCUAUAGCCUGAGAAAACAUCCUACAUUUCGCGACGCGACCAAGGUGGUUUCCCCUCUAAAGGACCUCUGAAGAUUUCCUUCAACCAAUCAGAAGCACUACCCAGAUCAGGGUAGUGACACGUCAUCAGUAUGAAAUUUCUGCGCUCGUUUCUCAGACGUCAUUUUGGCGGGAAACCAGUGGUGGUGUCGCGAAAAUUUUUUCAGGCUACGAAACCCAUAACCACUUUCCAUCAUUUUCUUAGGUAGAGAGAGACAUUGAACCAACCCCUCGAUUCUCUUGGCAACUGAUGGACCACUUGCAGUCGUUUGUAACUUCAUCAUUCACGGGCAGUUUGAUUUAUUUAUGCUUUCUAUUUUAGAAUGCCUUUCCAGCUGGCAGUCUAUACAGUGUUCAUAUUCUGGCACUUGAUGCGCUUCUCGCUGUGGUUCAAAGCAUUGAAGGUCACUGCCAUUCCCAGUUGUUGAACACAGUGGAAAAGGCAGUAGAGGAAAAUUUUCCUAAUGGAAUUCAAAAGAAGAAGAAGGAAAAGUCAGGUAAUUUCCGAAAAACUUUAUCUUCUGUAAUUUUUUUUCUCCCCGUAUAAUCUUUCCUCAUUUUAAUCAAGUAACAUUAAAUAUUUCCUACAGGUAAAUUGACUGGCCCGCCUACCUGCGGGCCAGUGCACUCGUGUAAACCUUAAUAAGGGAAAUAAAAUAUUGUUGUUGUUGUUGUUGUUGUUGUUGUUGUUGUUAAGCGGGAGACUGGUUAGGUGUUGUUUUGAAGUGCACUAUGGGACUGUUUUGAGGACGUCAUCUCUACUUUCAUUGGCUGUUACGGAGUUUGGCGCGCAACUGUGUCCAAAAUUGUCCCUGAAAACAGUCCCACAGUUCAAUUUGAAACAAUACUCCCCCAGUCUCGCGCGCAACCUCCAAAAGAUCAAUAGAGAACUUUAGAUUCUAAGACGAGAACGACUAUGAGUACGAGAUUUUCUCAAUACUAAGGUGUGCUCGCCAGUGAAGCAGCGUCAUUUUGGCGGAAGAAAGGUGAUAGCCGUCUACGAGUUUUAGCGAGAAUAUCGUACUGGCGGAAACAAGAUAUCAGAUGACUAAAUGUUAGAAGUUUUAUCAUUUUGCAGUCUGGAGAGGGGUUAACCUCCUCCAAUAAAGGUUAAAGUGCCAACUUUUCAUGUGAAAAUAAGUAAAGUGAAGCAUUCCUAGGUUUUUAUUUUUUGAGAGUACGCGAAAAAACUUUAAAUCAAAUCUCGUACUCGUAGUCGUUCUUGUCCUCAAAUCUAAAGGUCGCUAAUAAAGAAACAAAUACCGAGUAAGGUGAGUUAUCAAAGUUCCCAACGGUUAACAAAAUGUUCACCGCGGUCAAACGAGAAAAAUUUGCAAGAACUAAGAAAAGUUUUACUUUAAAGCUAAGGUUGCUACUUUUCACUGCUGGAAACAUACGAUGUUACAAAUACGCUGUUAAUUUGCCAAUGUUUUUGUAGGUUUACCAAUUAAUUAAUUUUGAUGUCCCCAAAUUAGUAAGGGAUUCUUUUUCCCUGGCUAGACGGCUUUUGACAAUUUAAUAAAGUUUCUAUCUAUCUAUCUAAGUUCUAAGUGUUAUCGCCGGCGCCAUCUGUCAGAAUAAUUUUACGAGGGCGUGUAGCGUUUUCAACGAAAAGAAGCUUGAUAUUUUGAGAAAAAUGAAAAAUAUAGUUAAGUAGUUACUUUGUACAUCUUUCACCAUAAUUCCACAUAAUGGUAAAUGGAGUCCUAGAAACUAAAACAGGGAAAACGCUUAAAACGUUUGACCCCAUUGGAAAGUCUUGUUUUUCAUAUCAGAUUUAGCAAUCUGGUUAUGAAUAAUAAGGUGGGAGAUUUAAGUCGAUCAAUAACGGAGAAAUGUUUUGGAUUGAUAAUAAUAAUGUGAUUACCCUGUAUUUCUGGACAACGCGUUUGCGCAUAAGUGACUGUUAAAAGUCUGUUUAUCUAAAAUAUUUCAGGUGAUGAUGAUUCAGGCACAGACGAAAACUGUGACUCGCCGCCUUUAACCCCACCCUCCCCACCCACGUCAGGCUUUGCCAUGGCCAAGAAAAUGACGGUAGGCGUGAUGGCGGAGGAGCUGCCGGGAAGUCAAGAGAAAGGUUUUAAGACGAACGAAACUAGUGAUAAACUGAUUCACUCGUCUAUGGGGUUACUGUUCUCUUCUCAGUUUCCAACCGCCGAUACACUGGCUACGCUCAGACAAAGAAAAAAGGUACGUUGUAGUGUAUUUUAUUGUUCUGUCGUUGUUGCUGUUUAUUUAGAAAAAAGACUGUGAAGCUAACAGGAGUUGCUACAUUGAAGCUGCAUCGUGCACAGAGGGCGUAAAAUCGUAAAAAGGCAGGCAAACCUGCCCUUGCAGCUGGUUCCAAGCGCGGGAUGACUGGUGAUGAAAAACUGCGUCAAAUGCUUGAUAUUGCUUCUCAAACAAAAUGAUUUUAGAAGGAGAAACGGAUUCUGAUUCUGAUUUCCAAACACCUCAUUAAACAUGAAUUUCCUUUGUAAGCAUAUUUUCUUUAUGAAUUAUUGAUGAGUUUGAGAAGAUCUAGUAAAAACCAAAUUGUCGGAGUUGGAAGCAGAAUUCGAAGGAUAAACCAAUCACACUGCACGUUCCUACGCUUUGUGAUUGGUUAAAUUCUUCUGCUUCUGCUGCGACUUCAACAACCCUGUUAUCACCUGAUCGUAAACGACAGUUUCGUAAGCGUAAUCAGAACGCUGUUUUCACUGGAUCAUUAAGUCCUACGCUUCUGAUUAUGACCCCGACUCCGCAGCUAGUGAAAACCAGCCUUUGCAUUUGGUACCGUGGGUGGAAAUUGGACGGAAAAACCUUACAACUGGUGCCAUACGCAGGCACAUUAAUUGCGCAUGUGACAGACAAUCGCUAUAAUUAUUUGAGUUAAUUAAAUUAAAUUUUCCAGAUUCUUCAAGCUGGGACCGAACAAUUCAACAAUAAACCGAAGAAAGGAAUUGAAUUUCUGCAAGAGCAUGGUUUACUAUCCUCUCCUCUCAAUCCUGAAGAAAUGGCGAAAUUUCUGCGUGAAAAUCCACGUCUGGACAAAAAGACGAUUGGUGAUUACAUUGGGGAUAAAAAGAACUCUCGAGUAUUAGAGGCGUUUGUUAGGUAUCUUGUUUUCUUGAUAUAUAUAUUUUUUACCUUACGCGAUAAAAGGACUGAUAAGCAAAACAACGUCUCAGAAACAGCGUAAUUAAAAAGACGUCGAGCUUAAUUACCUUUUAUAUUAAGCAUUCUGCAGAAAUCGGUCUGUUCAAAGAGCCAAUUAGAACUCACUCAGACUAACGCGGGAAAAGUGUGUGCCGAUUUGCUAGUCAGGUCGGUUCUGCGUUUGUUUUUAAGCGGUUGAAGAAGCAAUGAUAGGCUUAACAUAAAGUCUACAACGCUGGGCACACUUGCUUUUGAAAAGCUUCUUUGCUAAUUGAUUUGUAAAUGUAUCUACAGAUCUUUCCAUUUCCACGAUUUGAGAAUCGACGAAGCCCUUCGUUCAUUCCUGGAAAGUUUUCGUUUGCCUGGAGAGAGUCCUGUAAUUGAGCAUAUCAUAGAGUUCUUCUCGGAGCUCCUUUACGUAAGUAAACUCAUCAGUUCAGUGAAACAUCAGACGGGUGAAAAGUAGGUGCAAAUAAAGAAACGACACCUUGUUAAUUAGAUAAAGAAGUUUGAACGUAUUAAGUUUGCCACACGAUUGAGGAAAUGGCUGAGCAAGCUGGCUAGCCGGUAGGCCGGUUUUAAGGGCGAAAGGAGAAAUAUCGAGGACACGCGUGCACACAAUUAAAACUUACCAAAAAAACUAACCGGCGCCUGCGUGAUCUCGCGGGGCGUUUUGCUCCGUUGUUUCUUGCGUCAGUGGCGGGUUAAUUUAUUCAGGGUGUCAGUCAAUUCAGCGUCUAUUCCCCAAAACCAAAGCAUAAUACAGAAAACGAAAAAAGGGGACGAUAGUUCCUGACCCCGACACCGACCCUGACUCCGCGACUUUUUACUGACACACAGUUGGUUAGAUGCGCACAGGCGUUAACGCGUAUAGCACGGCGCGUGCGUACUUACGUGCGUGCUCGCAAGACCCACUUGGGAUUAGUACACGUACGUGCAUCCUUUGUCAAGACUGGGGAAAGCAAUUUUGAGCACGAAGAUUGCAAGAAAUGUUGUCUUAAACAGUUCCCAUAGUUUACUGAAAGUUACUUAAAAGUUUAAGAUCUGUUUAUUUGAUUUGAAGCUAAAUUUCGUCGUUCUUUUUUGCAGGAGGGUAACCCCGAGCCGUAUGCAAACAAAGACGCUGUUUUCACGUUAUCUUAUGCUGUGAUUAUGUUGAAUGUUGAUCAACACAAUUCGAACAUUAAACAACAGAAGCCCAUGACGUGUGAGGUAAAGUGUACUUCUAGAGUUUCCUUUGCUCUCUUUGUCUGUAGUUAAUAUUCUCUCUUGUCUCAAUUUUAAAUCUUGAUCUCAGACCAACUGGUAAAAUCAUUCUCCCGCCAAUCGUCGUUCAUCUUUUCUGGCUAGGGUUAUAUAUAUCCAACUAGUCCUUAGACGUUUAGUAGUCUGUAGUUUUUCUUCAAAGAUAGUGGAGUGAACGCACACCCCAAACUGAUAACCAAGUGGCGCGUUGAAACCGCGAGAAACGUAGGCACUCUCCUCCCAGGGCGUGGCCUUGUUUCUUCUCUUGCGUUUUGCUCGACAAAAAUUGAGAGGCUACCCGUAGUGGUACUAGUUCUAUGGGGUCACUAAUGUUCUCUUAAUAGCUGUUACUAUCCAAGUGAAGUAAGAUUUAGCAUUUGUUAACCACCAUUGGUACCAAUGUUAGCCGUUUAACGUAUGUAUUUUGUUACUGUAGGACUUCAAAAGAAAUCUAAGAAAAACAAACGGCUCAAGUGACUUUAAAGCUAGCAUGCUGGAAGAAAUUUACCACGCAAUAAGGUAAAGAACCAAUACCACAACUGAGUAGUGUUUGUUGGAAAGCACAUCGUGUCUGUAUCCCGACUGACCCUCUAUGAUAUAAGCUGCAAAGGCGCCUUCCCCCGUGUGUCUCGCGCUGUACACCCGCUUGUUGCUUCGUUUGCCUGAAAAACGCGAACAAAAAUAGCACCUGUUCUGCAGGCUAUUAGUACAACAAUUCCCAUGCGCUCCGGUAAGAUUUUAUUUAUCUGAAAAAAGACAGCGUUUGGUGUUACCUUUGUACGGUCACCACAGUUAAGAUUUCGUCCUACUUGGGCCAAUUUUAGUUGCACGUUGUCCGAUGACCGGACCGGGUGUUAUUUGCAGCUCUGAGCAUGCGUUUUAACAGAACUUCUGUACUUUUAACAGAACUGAAGAAAUUGUGAUGCCUGCUGAAAGAAGUGGAAAAAUCAAAGAAAAUUAUGAAUGGAAGGUGAGACAAUCAAGCGCGACAUGGCUUUUGGCUUUGUUCACUCUGAAUAGCAACGCGAUAGAACUGGAACAAAUCGUUCACUCACAUCGAACAUGGUGCUACCGGAGUGGUUGGCUGAGAGGAUGUGGUAAAUUAAAUACCAAUCCUCUUUGUUUCCUUCUCAGUAGGUCCCAGUCCUCUUUCCUUCUUAUUCACUCCCGUUACGGUCCAAAUACCUGUUAGACUUGCUACAAGUCGACCUCUCAUAAGUUCUUUAAAGUGAGCGAAGCGAGCUUUAAUGCAUGAGGUCGCGCAGCGACCGAGCGAGCGACGAAAUCUCGAUGUCGACUUGUUUCACCUGAAUGGGUUUAAAUUAUAUUAUAAUUCCACGGGGGAAAAAAUAAUUGACAGAUGUUGUGUCGGGAGCGGCGUGAAUUGUCACUCACUGUCCUGUUGGUCAAUUGUCAUGACGUCACCGGUAGAAUUUUCGACCGGUGAAUUUCGCGCCAAACAGGUAUGAAAAGUCUUUUAAAAUGGCCGAACUAACCAGGAAAAAAAUAAAGGACUUUUAGAAAGUGUAUAGUAAAUACCUGUUUACACUGCACCAAAGUGUGGCGCAGAACCUAUCCGAUAUGUGACGCUCCACUUUCGAGAUCGGUGCGUCACAGCUUCGCUCCGUUGCAGAAAUCGCGCCGAAUUGGAAUCACUGUUCUUAUGUGUAAACAUAAGCUCUCUCCGGUAUGACUUUCGUGCCGGCGCAAAAGCUGGGAAAUUCCAGAUCUUACUAAGCAAUACGUGCCUUAAAUUUUGUAGGUUUUGUUGCGGCGAGCUGGUACACCUGAAGGAAAGUACAUUCAUGGAAUUGGCAGCAGCUUUGAUCAGGAUUUGUUUCUUAUCAUCUGGGGACCAACUGUCGCGGCUUUGUCAUACGUGUAUGAUAAUGGCCUGGAAAAGAGCGUUGUACAAAAAGCUAUUGUAGGAUUCAGGUGGGUGCGGUCUUUAACUGUCACAAUUCUGAAGUGAAAGUCAUAGACGGUACUGGACGUUUAAAGCUGGAUCGCAAUCUAAUUUUAGAAAGGUUGCGAGAGUAUUUAAAAUUUUGUUCUGUCUUUCAAGAAUUAAUAGUUACAAGUCAUUUAUCAGGCUAAUAGACAGUUGCUGCAAGUGAGGCUGGGGAUGACCAUAGUUUCCAUACAAGCAUGCAGGGUGGUUUGUAACAAACAAACUCAACUUUGGCUCGCAUUCACUCAAAGGCUACCGCAGGCUAUUAAGCGAACUACUGAUAAACAGUCUAUUCCGAGCUCAUAUUUUCUUAAGAGGAACGAAGGGUAAAUUUGACCAAACUGAUGUAAGUAUUUUUGGUUUCAGAAAAUGUGCCCUAAUUUCAGCGCAUUACAGUCUGUCGGAUGUGUUUGAUAACCUCGUAAUCUCACUAUGUAAAUUCACCACGUUCCUCAUACCGCCAGAGGUUAGUACUUUUUCUCCUCUUUUAAGCCGGAGAGCUUACGAUUGUGAAAAAAAAUAAACGUUCUUACAUUUUGUAAGUGAUCCACCUGUUUAACACAAUUAAAUAUAUUUUUCUCUGCAUGUUUGUUAAAUUUUCGUCAUUUUGUUUUUAGACUGGUGAAAGUCUUCCAGUUGCAUUUGGUAAAAAUUUGAAGGCGCAGCAGUCUGCAAGAACUCUGUUUGCACUGGCUCAUCGCCAUGGAGAUAUUCUCCGGGAAGGCUGGAAAAACAUCAUGGAUUGUAUGCUUCAACUGUUUAAGGCCAAAAUGCUGCCAAAGUCUUUGGUCGAGGUGAGGAAAAUCUCCCUAGUUAAGCAGUUUUUCUCCGUCCAAUUACAACAGAGGCUGUCAGUUCAAUGAGCCAAUCAGAAUUGGUUACGAAUACGUGCAGCCAGCAUAAAGCGCGGGAAAACGUUUGCGAGGAAGUCAUGAUUGUUUGGGGGUUGCUAAAUUUCUGAUUGGUUUAUAAUGGGCGGGUAUUUUGUAGCCGAUUGCAUGGCGUAUUGUACGUCUCCAUAGUUUAUCCCCCAGUUUGAAGGAUUAUAGUGCACUUCCUCCUUCCCUUGGUCCACACACUGUACAGCAUGGCUUGUUUGAGCUCACCAGAGCAUUACACUGCCCUUGCGCCUUGGAUUUCAAAUCUUAGUCUACGUUGCCAGUACGUAUUCUCGUACGCAGCCGUUUUUUGUGACGUCAAUCAACGCUCCUUCCCACAGGAGAGGAAGAGGAGUAAUGUCGUCGCCAGAUCUCUUGUUGACGAAGAAGACUUCGUCAUUAAGCGAUCUGGGUAAGGAGGAGAGGAUCGUUGCGUGACGACAUAACAGCUGCGUAGGAGACCAACCAACACAUUUGUUUACAAUUUCAUAGACUGAGUUGUUGCCGUGGUUUUGUUUUUAGGCUGAAGAUUUUGUUGAAGCUAGCGGAAGAAUAAGUCUUCUCCCGGAGGAGCUCCCGUCUACAAGGUAAAACUUUAGAAUGACGCAUAAUCUAACGCAGAAAAUGGUAGAGCAGCCGAUUUGACCGUUAACUUAAGAAAACGUAGCUGACUUUAUAAAUUGUACUUGAUCACAGGCAGGAAACUUCGAUAUUUUCAUGGUGGUACUUGGUAAACCCGGAGCCGGCGAGCAACAGAGGACAAACAACGGAAGAUAAGGAAGCUCAGAAACAAGCGCAUAACUGCAUUAGAGUGAGUACAACAAUUGGCCAAUCACAACAGUUGGGGAAAUCUAGAGAACCAAUCAGAACGAGAUGCAAAUACGUCUAGCCGUGACUAGCGCGGGAACACGUGCAAACAAGGCACGAGUUGGUUUGGUUUGACUUCCGAUCGGUGGGAGGCUGGCGCGAAAUUUUUUGCCAAUCAUACAGCGUAGCGAUGUACAAAGUAGCAAAUAAUAUAAAACUCUUUAAACGUGAUUUCGCGAUUUCAAUCUGUUCGGAACAAACUGUUCUUCUUGUGAAAGUUAGACUGGCUUUUCGAUAGUCCACGAGGAAGGUGGUGUCGUUUGGUCGCUUUAGGUUAUUGGUGGUAAAAGUAAAAACAGAUUUUUUUUCCAGUGAGUUGCAAAUCGUUUUUUAACUUUUAUUUCUUUCCCACAGGAAUGCCACCCAGAACUUCUUAUCACAGAGAGCAAAUUCCUAAGACCCGAGUCGCUGAAUGAGUUAAUGAAGGUUGUACUAUUUACUUAUCAGAUCUAGGGCGUUAUAAACAGCCCUUUUAUUUAGAUGUUUCAACAUUUGGCGUUGUGAAAAGAAUAAACCCGCUCGUCGCCAAGAUCAAGUUACCCUGAUUCGCCGACGGUCGCUCGCUUCUACACCCUUCAACCGGAAGCAAACAUCUUUGGAGCCAAUCAGAAUCAGGCUACAGUUUGUUUGUUCAGUUCGUUUGUUUUGUUGUCCAAUUCGAUCUUAAACGUACGAACUCUUUCAAACAAGUUUUUAACCCAUAAAGAUCCCAAGCAAUGAAGAUCUAUUUUCUCCCAACAGUGUCAAUAUGUAUCCAAAAGAAAAGGUCACGAGAUUUUACUCCAAUCAUGAUCAUCAAGAGGGGAAGUUCUUUGAUCCAUUAUCAAAUUCUCUCAACUAAUUCUGUAAGGAAAUGUGUAGAGAUCAGUGUGGAGAAUUUGCUUGUCGAUAUUUGGGGUUCAGUGUUAAUUGCUUUGUGUGUAAACAAAAUCACGUUACUAAGCACGUGUUUGUUUAUUUUCAUUCGUAGCUUUCCUGUUUUCUCUCUUGGACUUUUAGGGUCCGACUUCUAUUUCCACGAGCACUCAUGUUACGUGCAUUACAUUUCAUUUUUGUUGUUGUCCUUUUCCAUAGUUCAUUGGCCACAGAGUUCACUCUCUUGUGCGUAUUAAUUUGUUUGUUUGUUUGUUUUUUUGUAGGUGUUAAUUUAUAAUUCAAGCGUUGAUAACCAAGAAUCUUAUGAAGAAGAGGCUGCGGUUUUCUUUUUGGAACUUUUAAUCAGAGUUGUUUUGCAGAACAGGUAGCUCACUCACUAAAAUACCGCCAGAGGUUAGUACUUUUUCUCCUCUUUUAAGCCGGAGAGCUUACGAUUGUGAAAAAAAAUAAACGUUCUUACAUUUUGUAAGUGAUCCACCUGUUUAACACAAUUAAAUAUAUUUUUCUCUGCAUGUUUGUUAAAUUUUCGUCAUUUUGUUUUUAGACUGGUGAAAGUCUUCCAGUUGCAUUUGGUAAAAAUUUGAAGGCGCAGCAGUCUGCAAGAACUCUGUUUGCACUGGCUCAUCGCCAUGGAGAUAUUCUCCGGGAAGGCUGGAAAAACAUCAUGGAUUGUAUGCUUCAACUGUUUAAGGCCAAAAUGCUGCCAAAGUCUUUGGUCGAGGUGAGGAAAAUCUCCCUAGUUAAGCAGUUUUUCUCCGUCCAAUUACAACAGAGGCUGUCAGUUCAAUGAGCCAAUCAGAAUUGGUUACGAAUACGUGCAGCCAGCAUAAAGCGCGGGAAAACGUUUGCGAGGAAGUCAUGAUUGUUUGGGGGUUGCUAAAUUUCUGAUUGGUUUAUAAUGGGCGGGUAUUUUGUAGCCGAUUGCAUGGCGUAUUGUACGUCUCCAUAGUUUAUCCCCCAGUUUGAAGGAUUAUAGUGCACUUCCUCCUUCCCUUGGUCCACACACUGUACAGCAUGGCUUGUUUGAGCUCACCAGAGCAUUACACUGCCCUUGCGCCUUGGAUUUCAAAUCUUAGUCUACGUUGCCAAUACGUAUUCUCGUACGCAGCCGUUUUUUGUGACGUCAAUCAACGCUCCUUCCCACAGGAGAGGAAGAGGAGUAAUGUCGUCCCCAGAUCUGUUGUUGACGAAGAAGACUUCGUCAUUAAGCGAUCUGGGUAAGGAGGAGAGGAUCGUUGCGUGACGACAUAACAGCUGCGUAGGAGAGUAACCAACACAUUUGUUUACAAUUUCAUAGACUGAGUUGUUGCCGUGGUUUUGUUUUUAGGCUGAAGAUUUUGUUGAAGCUAGCGGAAGAAUAAGUCUUCUCCCGGAGGAGCUCCCGUCUACAAGGUAAAACUUCAGAAUGAAGCAUAAUCUAACGCAGAAAAUGGUAGAGCAGCCGAUUUGACCGUUAACUUAAGAAAACGUAGCUGACUUUAUAAAUUGUACUUGAUCACAGGCAGGAAACUUCGAUAUUUUCAUGGUGGUACUUGGUAAACCCGGAGCCGGCGAGCAACAGAGGACAAACAACGGAAGAUAAGGAAGCUCAGAAACAAGCGCAUAACUGCAUUAGAGUGAGUACAACAAUUGGCCAAUCACAAUAGUUGGGGAAAUCUAGUGAACCAAUCAGAACGAGACGCAAAUACGUGUAGCCGUGACUAGCGCGGGAACACGUGCAAACAAGGCACGAGUUGGUUUGGUUUGACUUCUGAUCGGUGGGAGGUUGGCGCGAAACUUUUUGCCGAUCAUACAGCGUAGCGAUGUACAAGGCAGCAAAUAAUAUUAAACUCUUGAAACUUGAUUUUGUGAUUUGAAUCUGUUCCGAACAAACUGUUCUUCUUGUGAAAGUUAGACUGGCUUUUCGAUAGUCCACGAGGAAGGUGGUGUCGUUUGGUCGCCUUAGGUUAUUAGUGGUAAAAGUAAAAACAAAUUUUUUUCCAGUGAGUUGCAAAUCGUUUUUUAACUUUUAUUUCUUUCCCACAGGAAUGCCACCCAGAACUUCUUAUCACAGAGAGCAAAUUCCUAAGACCCGAGUCGCUGAAUGAACUAAUGAAGGUUGUACUAUUAUCUUAUCAGAUCUAGGACGCUAUAAACAGCCUUUUAUUUAGAUGUUUCAACAUUUGGCAUUGUGAAAAGAAUAAACCCGCUUGUCGCGAAGAUUAAGUUACCCUGAUUCGCCGACGUCGCUCGCUUCUACACCCUUCAACCGGAAGCAAACAUCUUUGGAGCCAAUCAGAAUCAGGCUACAGUUUGUUUGUUCAGUUCGUUUGUUUUGUUGUCCUAUUCGAUCUUAAACGUGCGAACUCUUUCAAACAAGUUCUUAACCCAUAAAGAUCCCAAGCAAUGAAGAUCUAUUUUCUCCCAACAGUGUCAAUAUGUAUCCAAAAGAAAAGGUCACGAGAUUUUACUCCAAUCAUGAUCAUCAAGAUGGGAAAUUCUUUGAUCCAUUAUCAAAUUCUCUCAACUAAUUCUGUAAGGAAAUGUGUAGAGAUCAGUGUGGAGAAUUCGCUUGUCGAUAUUGGGGGUUCAGUGUUAAUUGCUUUGUGUGUAAACAAAAUCACGUUACUAAGCACGUGUUUGUUUAUUUUCAUUCGUUGCUUUCCUGUUUUCUCUCUUGGACUUUUAGGGUCCGACUUCUAUUUACAUAAGCACUCAUGUUACGUGUUUUACAUUUCAUUUUGUUGUUGUCCUUUUCCAUAGUUCAUUGGCCACAGAGUUCACUCUCUUGUGCGUAUUAAUUUGUUUGUUUGUUUGUUUGUUUUUUUAUAGGUGUUAAUUUAUAAUUCAAGCGUUGAUAACCAAGAAUCUUAUGAAGAAGAGGCUGCGGUUUUCUUUUUGGAACUUUUAAUCAGAGUUGUUUUGCAGAACAGGUAGCUCACUCACUAAGCUAUCCUCAGAUUUCGCGGUAACCCAUUAUUCUUUACAACAGCUCGUGGCCGCGAUAUACGCAGCGGGGAGCCCCAAGUCAAGAAAGCUAGUUCGUAUCUUGCAGCGAGAUAAGCGAAGCUCGAUAAAGCUUUCCGACUUGCAGCCGUGGAUCCACGAAGCUGUUCAACAAUCUUGAGCUUGAAUUUUCAAUGAGAUAUGUUCUAACCAAUGAGAAAAGAACAACAAACGUCCUAUUUCCUCCAGAUGACUAGUGGUUUCAAGUGUUUUACAAAUACUUUGGUCUUGCUGGUCUCGUGACAAUAGAAACCCGAUUUGUCUGACUAUAUUGUUGGUAUUUUUCUGUUUUUUUUUUAGGGAUCGUGUUUCAGCAUUGUGGGGAACAGUGAGAGACCAUUUGUCCAAUAUUCUUGUGAAUGCAACUCAGCACAGGUAAGGAAAAAUUACAUCAUGUGCAACAAUAUAAAAUGGAGCAGUUUGGUUCAGAAGUGGAGGCAAUUGAAAGUAAUUAUAUCAUAUGUUCAAAUUUAUUGUCUUUUUUAUAGUCAUUAGCAUAUUUUACCAUAACCAGAAUUAAAAAAAAAAACAAAGAUUUUACCACGACAUAUACAAAGUUCCAGGUUCCCCCAAUCUUUACAUACAUUGUAGACAGGUACGCAGGUCACGUAGCUUACCUUAACAGAGCAUAAUUGCAAAAGUAGAAAGUUCAAAUCCUGGAUUCCCCUCCAUUACCCGGCAAGAAUGACCCCAAAAGGUAGAGAUUAGAAAGUGUACAAUUCGAUCUAAUUUAGGCAACAACUAUUUCUCAUUUUCUUUGUAGUUCAAUCGUGGAAAGAUCAGUUGUGGGGCUACUGCGGUUGGCAAUCCGCCUUUUACACAAAGAAGAAGUCUCUAGUCAAGUUCUUUUAACUCUUCGUAUUCUUCUGUUGAUGAAACAUAAUGUCCUCCAAGCCUGUGGUAGGCAAGUUUCAUUCGGACUUCACGAACUCAUACGGACAAAUGCUUCGAGCAUAACUGCCGCGAGAGACUGGGUCACAGUGUUUACGCUUUUAGAGUGCGUCGGUGCCGCUGCUUCUCUCCCAACCGUGACUCCUGGUCCUGUUGCCAUGACAGCGGUUUCCAAGGAUACGGAUAGUGAUUCGAUCUCGGGAGAUUACGAGUUUGCCGAGGGACUUUCAAACUCGGAGAGCGAUGUUAGCUCGUUUACCAGCGUAGAGGCGGAUUCUGGGUUAGGUGGGAGUAUAUUAGGCGAUACGUGGCUGGUGAUAACUAAACAGGACUCGGAAAGUUCGCCCGCAAAUCAGUAUGAACUAACAGUUGGGGUUAAACUGAACAAACAUGAUAGUAAAUCCUUUGUUAAAUCGUGCCAGACGUUGGCGUUUUUGAUCCGUGAUAAUACACACGUUACGAAAGAGAACUUUUUGCAGUGUGUACACGCCAUCCGCGUGUUUUCAGAAGCGAGUAUUAACGGGGGUGAAGGAUACAGACAGGAUGGGUGGCAGUUUAAAGAACACGCGGCUGACUACAAGGGGAGCUGGGGACGUAACAGCAAAAAGGCAGCGUCUUCGCGGUCAAGGAAGGUCAGUCCCACGAGUUUAAAAACGCGUAAAUCCACAAGGUCUGCCACCAGCAGUCCUGCAAGUAGUGAAGACGAGGCUGAGAUCGUUGAAACGAUUAACAACACUUAUGAUGCCAUGUCGUUGCAACUCACCGAGCUUAUGUACACGCUGCACACAUACGGACGUGUGCUCUUUGAUCAAGCCCCGGAUGAAAGCAGCCAAUCGCAAACGAGCAGUGGUGUCGCAAGCACAGUGUGUGAUCAUGAAAUGGAAUUUCUCUGGAGCAAGUGUUGGUGCCCGCUACUGCAGGGAAUUGCGCGGUUGUGUUGUGACAUGCGCCGUGAUGUGAGAAUGUCAGCGCUGACUUACCUUCAGCGUGCUUUGCUGGUUCACGAUCUACAAGCUCUGACGGCAGUAGAAUGGGAGGCCUGUUUUAAUAAGGUAGGUUUAUCUUCAAGUAUCACUGGACUUGAAUCUGCUUUAUAAAUCUUUGUUUAGCUUUAUUUUUUUGUUGAUUGUUUGUUAGUGUAGGUACUUGAGGGGAGAACUUUGUCUGUUACAGGUUUUGUUUCCAAUGCUAUCCCGUCUGUUGGAAGUAAAUAACACAGGGGACCCAAUGGGUGUGGAGGAAACACGAAUGAGAGCCGCGACACUUCUUUGCAAGGUACACGUCACUAAAAUUUUAAUAAUUAAAAAAAUAAUUUGUGUUCGCCAGGAUAAUUGGUCGGUCGAAAGUCCAUAAAAACCACGAGAAAAUAAACAAAACAUCAACAAUUUAAUUUCAUCUUGCUUGCUCCAAAAAAUGUGAUGAACUGGCAGAAAAGCAAAAAACCUCGUGCUCGCUAGAACAAAACUGCGCAUGCACUUAAAAUAUGUCACAGGACAACCACUAAGUUAUUCUCCAGAACAAUUUGAAUUGAAAAUAUCUUAUUACCAGGAGCCCAUCAAUGAUGAUUGCCAUCAAUGAUGAUUUGAUGGGCUCCUGUUAUUACUCACUCCCCCCAGGGCUUUUCAGGAAUAAUUUACGACACUGGUUGGGGACGUUUUCCCGACUGCUUAUGGCGCAGUUUCCAAGUAAUGAAGGAUUUAGUAACGUGCUCUUGAAGUAUUGUCUUAUAAGUAUGGUAGUAGCAGUAUGUAUUAAAUUCCCAGCAUCUUUUACGCGGACAACCUGCUAACGUCUGUCUCUUAAGGUUUGUCGAAGAACUUGACGGAGUGUCGGGUUAUUCAACCCACUAACUUCUUGGUUUUAGGGAAUCUUGAAGAAACACUCCUUCUCGUGUUAAGCAGACAGAAUAAAUCAGUAACAAUAAGCAGGCAAUAGACUUGUUCAUACAAUAUACUAAAGAGACGCGUCAGUGAUAUGGCAGACUUUGACGUUGCUGCGUAUUCACAUUUUGCGCACUCGCGUAUCGCAGACAAAUUUUUGGACGCUAACUUUGAGUAUCCUUGUUCUGCUGUCCCCCUUCUCCCAUCGGACUCAACAAACUACCGAAAAUGCGUUUCGAAUUUUCCUCAACCUGAUUGGCAAAUCGACAGUGGCUUUUUAACAGGUCAAACACAGGUGGAGUCCCAUAAGAGGAUUUUGGCGCUGUUUCUCAGACAGACUUAACCAGAAGUUUAUUUCGUCUGUGGCGCAGCACUGUAGGUUUUACAUUAAUAAUACAUAAACAUAAUGGUUUCCACAACAGUAACAAGUACCGAACAACUUCACACCCUGCUUAGUGCUAAUUUGUUGGAUUAUUUUGCAGGUGUUUCUGCAGCAUUUGACUCCCCUGUUAUCACUUUCCACUUUUACCGCUCUGUGGCUCACUAUUCUGGAUUUCAUGGAUAAAUACAUGCAUGCGGAUAAAAGCGACCUUCUUGUGAGUGCUUCUUAAUAACCAUCAACCUUAUGUCUUUGUUCCCUUCAAUGCGGAGAAAAGUUUGGUCACAAUAAAUUGUUUGCACAUUGUACAGCUUCAUGAAAGUUAGGGUUAGGGUUAGGGUUAGGUUAGACAUUUGCGUCUGUUUUUGUCAAAACUAUCAAUUUCGUUGAGAGAAAAAAAAUGCUGCGUUAUGGCUUCUACGAUAACCAGUUUUAGCAAAGAAGACGUGACGGCAGUGACAAUGGCGGGCUCAGAUCCAAAAACCGAUCUGACCAAUGGAAGAGCGGUAAAUUGGGCACCGGAAGUAGUGUUCAGUCCUUUCCGCGCUCUUUAGACUCUGCAUUGUCUUUGCUAUAUCUGCCUAUUAGCUUGCGAGCAGGCUCUCGUGGGGCAGAGAAAACAAGUCCUCUCCCACCUCCACCACCUGACAUCAUUUUGCUCGCGGAGUCUUUACAAUUCCCUUUUCACUUACAGAGUUGGCAGAACACAAAAUUCACGAAAAAUCCCAAGAUUAGACAACAAAAACUAGCUUGUGAAACAAAAGCUGAGGAGGUUUCAUUUGAGUAGUCACAUCGUACCAUUUCGUUUACAGACGCAACGGUUAGAACUACCUUGCACAGCAUUAUAAACAGUGCCACAGGAAAUUUAUACUGCCCAUUAGCCCUCACUUGUAACACUUAAACGCUCCAUCUACGUACUUACAAGUUAGAAGUACAUUUUAUUUCUCCAUAUUGGGGCUUAAAAGGGACAGUCUAGUUAAUUUUGUUUUGUUUUGUUUUGUUUUGUUUUUUUUCAGUUCGAAGCCAUCCCAGAAUCCCUCAAGAACAUGCUGCUUGUGAUGUCUACAGCCGGGAUAUUUGAUGAAGAAGAAUGCAACAUCACUGCCAAUUCCCAGUCUUCUGAAGAACGCAAAACACACAAGAGGACGGACUCCGAGAUCCACAAGUACUCCGCCCUGUGGCAAGUAACGUGGGAGAGAAUCGACUGCUUUUUACCGAAUCUACGUCAAGAGCUUUUCACGCCUCGCAGUCAGACUCCUGCAGCCAAUAUUCAAGCGAAUACAGAGCCAGAGAAAGCGGCGGUUGAGGAAACCAAGCCUGUGCAGCCAGAUUUGCCUCAGCGUCCUGUGGAAGGUAAGAUUUGUGGUGUGACUUUGAAUCAAUGUAAAUUAAGUAAUGGCAAACUCUCACUUUUAAGACAGAUUUUGCCUGUGAACGUAACUCUGAAAUAAGGGAUUCCUUUUAGGCUAGCAAACCCAUAAUUACAACAUUACACUUCUCGUAAGAGACCAUCUCUGGUCAAUAUGCUGUUGGCACCACAAUAAAACACAGUAACACUCUGGGUCCGUUGCUUGAUUUAUCACCCUUCUUGCGUAUUAGUUAUCAACCCCCCUCCCUUCUCUAUCACCCACCAUUUCCUAUAAUCAGGAUCGACGGUUCUAUGAUCCCUGAUCCCAUAUUUGGGUUAGGGUGUCACGAAAUACCGCCAACAUGACUAUCGGAACUAGUUAUCUAGAGAUCCAAGUCAGUGAUCUGGCUGAGACCACUAACCUCGGUCAAACAGGGGCCAGUUGCAAUUUAAUGUAACUGGUGCCAGAUUCUGUUCAAAUUCUUGAAUAAGGCUUUUUAAUCUGUAGGUGAAAAACUGGAAAAGCCGAGCACUCCAGAACCCGAGCGAAGCUCAGCCUUAAAGCAAGGAAGCAGUCUGUCGUCGCCACCAGCCGGGGGACAGCAAGUCUGUGUUGUGUUACAGCCGCCAUUGCCAUCACUCUCCAACAAAAGUAGCUCACCGACACAACUUGGAUCCUUAGCUGACAAUGUACGCCCCAGCUCAGUGCCAAUUAUCCUAGCGCCCAGUCCUGCUCUUUCAUCUCUUCCACUUGCUUCACCGCAGGGAUCACGUUCCUCAACACCAACCGACCCAGGUCCCAAACAGUUGGAAAUGACUGAGGAAUGCCGUGGGGAGAACAAAUCUGAUGGCGCGCCAACAAAACCUGGGCAAUCGGUCAGUCCAGUGUCGUCACCAAAGCCCAUACCCAAGGCUUCGAUUCACGACAUUUAACAAAGAAUUCGCGCAUCUAAUUGCGUAAUUGUAAUUUAUUUAUUACAAUAUAAUAACUAAAAACAAAAUAGGCUUUUUUUUCCUUAACGGAACAAGCUUCAAAGUCUGCAUAUUUUAACUGUUUCUUUCCUUGAAUACCAAAACUGAUUAUAAUUAAAACCUUCAAUGGAGGCCAUUGAAAAAAAAGUACUGAGAAGGUAAUGAAUACUAGUAAUUCUCACAAUUUGAGUGUUCUUAGUUUGAAAUUGUCUUUUCGAAAUACAGUGAAACCUGUAUUAAGCGGACACCCUCGGUGAAUACUGUAGUGUCCGCUUAAUACAGGGUGUCCGCCUAAUACAGGUUUCAAUAGAUAACGUCAUAUGAGGUGUCAAAUGCCAUUCAAAUGAACAGUGGAAACGUUAAGAAUACUCCUAGAGACUAUGGCGAUAUACGUUUGCAUGAAUUUCUGUAUCAAAGUGGACCAAUUGAUCAUAGCACCUUAAACAUAGAUUGCAACUCAAAUUUGAAGAAAUCAGAUGAGUGAAAAAAGCUCUAUACAAACAAAACGAAAUAGAAAACAAUACUGUACUGGGAACCUAAUCAAAUAAGUUCGUCAAGUCACGUUUUUUAAUGUAAAAAUCGAAAAAUUUGUGGGUGGCAAUUCGAGGCAGUCUUUCGCAUUUCCGGUGUCUGGCAUGGGUGGUGGAAUUUAAUCACAAGUGUCCGUUUAAUACAGGUUGGCAACAAUAGAAAUGGCCAUUUCAGUUACUUUUCAGGUGUCCGCGUCUGGUUAAUAAAGGUUUCAUUUAAAGUAAAUAAGGGAAAUAAAUUUGGGGACUUUGGCUAUACGGUGUCCGCUUAAUACAGGUUUCACUGUAAAUUUCAUUCACGGGAAAGUUUAUUUUUUAAAACAUUUUCCAAUCAAAAUAUCGAGUUCCUUUUAAUUAGUUAUAUGAAAUAUUAUUUCUGGUGGGUCGAUUCAUGAGUUAGAGAUCCCUUAAAUAUAUUAAAAUCUUGUACUAAAAAUAACACAGGCCUUUUAUAUUGUCUGGUAAAAACUUUUCCCAUGUGUCAAUCUCAUCUAGCCAAUCAUUUCUCCUAAAUUCUGCAAUGAACCAAUCAGAUUCAAACUCAAAAUACACCCGGUGCCAAGCGCUGGAAAAUGGUGUUUUAUUAUUUUGCUGACUUAAGCUGCCGUCGAUUUCAAUGUCGUACCAUGUACCUGUACCUUCCACGUCUAAAGAAUGCAAUUUCUAUGCACCAUUUAGAGCGGUUUUCACUUGACUGUCGUAAAACCAAAACCAAAGUAAAUACACUAGCCAACCAAAGGACGUAGUAAAACCAAAACCAAAACCAAUCCCAAUCCCAAUUCGACAGUCAAGUGAAAACCGCUCUAAGGUAAAUUCUCAUGUUACAUGAUUAAAGCCACAUUGGAGAAAUGCUGUUUUCCAAGAUUACUUCCUUG